AUGGACGGGGGUUGGGGAUUACCAUCGUCCUCGAAUCACCCAUCUAUUGCCAUAUCUGGGCCGGAUCGCGUCGGCCAUGUCGCUCUGAGGAAGCGAGUCGGCGAUGCAGUGCGCCUUGACGAUCGCAAAAUGCCGUCCCGAAUGGAGGGCCUUCCAACUGAGCUGCUGGAUUGGAUCAUCUUCUAUCUGAACCAGAGCCCUCCAUCAGAAAGGCGGGUCUACCGGGAGCCGGAACAAACAAUCACAGAGUCGCCCGAUCGAAGCUUGAAGCACUUGUCCGCAACAUGCUCUCGCUUCGCCUCUUUAAUCCGACCGCAUCUCUUCACUCAUGCACGCCUUGGACCGCGAGAAGAUUGGAGCGACUUUCGUAGCUUUGUGACCGAAUGGAGUCUAAGUCAACAUGUCACCUCACUGGUGAUAUCAUUUCCUUCGGAAUAUCAGACUCAAUUCUCGUUGCGGGAUUGGGUGACACGAUUGUUCGAUUUCCUCGAUCCGAAGCGAUUGACGAUCCUUGCCCCACCCAGGAUCAUCGGUGACAUGCUGCACACAGCCAUCAAUGAGAAGGAUGGCUGGGCGUUUGAGAUCGACCUCCAGAUCUUGCAAUUGACACAAGAGGGAUAUGGCAAUCCAUCUGCCCAUCAAACCGCCAACCAUACAAGGCAAUCCAGCAUGGUUCUCAAUCUCCGGCCAUGGACCGCGCUCCUUUUCAACGAGUCCACUUCUCUUCGAGCCUACAACCACUACGAAUAUUUCCUCUCACAAGUUCCGUCGGUGUUGGGACAAUGGGGCCAGGGAUCUUUGCCGGUGGCACCUGGACCUGAGCUUACUGCUCACUUUCACCAUCUGCAGGAUUUGACGUAUACCGCAGUAUUUCCCUUCUACAAUCACGUGGAUCAUGUAUGCUCUGCCAUGGAAUAUAUGCCACGACUGCGCAAGGUGACUGUUCAGCUGGCCCCGGAAUCUGGAAAUCGGGCCACAGAGCUUGAGCAGCGCGGCUCUAUGGACCCGAAUGACCCCUGGAUGGAGCUGGAAUCCUCCUACUCGGUCAUGGUCUUCAAAGUGCGCGCCAAGAGCUCAGUGAUGGAGUUUCAUAGCCGAGACUACCAUGUCGAGGCAGUACGAUCGUCUCUUAUGGAAAUCAUGAGCGGAGAGCUCCUGGGCUGGACCCAUGAUGGACAGGGAUGUUGGAGACGACCCAAAUCAGAAGCAUUGUAG